AUUCCACGAAUUGGAAUGACGGGGCUCUCCGGAUCUUCCCUUGACCGUGCGCGUCUAAACAGCGAUAAACGGGAACAAGCGAGUGCCGAGAGGCGCCGGGCGGGGCUGAGGGGCCCGGGGGCGCGGCCUGCCUGCUCCGCCCCGCGUGACGUGACGCGCCGACCGGGAGCCAUGGCGGCGGAGGCGGAGGUCGCUCAGGACCUGCUGUGGGUGCGGGACCCGCUGUGGCCGCGGGCGCGGCCGCUCCCGCUGCCCCCCGGGAGCGGCUCCGUGCGCUGCCUCCGCCGAAACCGCGCCCGGGAGCUGAACAUUCCUGAAGAAAACUUGUAUGUGAAGUGUAACGGGCGACUGGCCAGUGAUGAAGAUGUGUUGCAAAGUGGAGCUGUUUAUAGUCUGGAGCCAAGACUUUGUGGUGGAAAAGGAGGGUUUGGGUCGAUGCUGCGAGCACUUGGUGCUCAAAUUGAGAAGACAACAAACAGAGAGGCUUGCCGAGAUCUCAGUGGAAGAAGACUUCGAGAUGUCAAUCAUGAAAAAGCGAUGGCUGAAUGGGUGAAGAAGCAGGCAGAGAGGGAAGCAGAAAAGGAGCAAAGGCGCUUGGAAAGGCUGCAGCGGAAGCUGGCGGAGCCGCGGCACACGUUCACAGACCCGGAGUACGAGCGGCAGUACCGUGAGAUGGCAGAGCGGCAGGAGGAGUCCAUCCGUAUAGGGUUGCAGGUUAUUGCCAGGAAAGCAGUGUCAUCAGAAAGUGGCAAGAGUCGGAAACGUCCCGGUGAACCUGGAAAGAGUGGAACAAAAUCUGAAAAAAGAAAAUGUCUUUGGCUGGGAUUGGAUGAUGCCAACAAUUCAGGCUGUGAGGAUGACAACAAAGAUGAAUCCCCUUGUACAUCUGACAGAAGUUGUCUGUCAAGCAGCAGAUACAAUGGAAAUGUUGGAAAUUCAGAUGAAUGUUCAAGCAGCGCCGUGGCUUCAGCAGAGGAUAGUCCUUCUAUCCCUCUAUCCAGUGCAGCUUCUGCUUCAGAAAAAGAUAGUCCAGCUACCAGUGCAGCUUCUGCUUCAGAAGAAGAUAGUCCAGCUACCAGUGCAGCUUCUGCUUCAGAAGAGGGUAGUCCAUCUACCAGUGCAACUGAGAAACCACUGGAGCAGCCAGAAGGUACUGGAAGAGAUGUAGAAAGAGAGAUGUGCACAGGUGGGCAGAAUGAAAUUCCGGCUGAAGAAAAUAGUAAAAUGACAAAGCCCCCGAAGGAAGAGGCCCAAGAAGAGAAAGAAGUGACCCAAGCUCAGAAACAAGAGGAACUAGAAAAUGUUUCUUCUAAGGCACAGGAAACAAACCAGUUACAGAGCACAGAGGUGGAACCGAUAGACCUACUGGCGUUCAACUCUGCUGCUGAAUUGGAAGCCCUGGGUUUAGAUAAGCUGAAGAUGGGAUUGAUGGCUUUAGGACUAAAAUGUGGAGGCACUUUGAAGGAAAGAGCAGCAAGGCUUUUCUCAGUGAGAGGUCUGUCUAGAGAUCAGAUCAAGCCAUCCCUAUUUGCAAAGCCCUCUAAAGGGAAAACUGCUGGUUAGAUUUGAGACCGUUUACCUUUUCGCAUGUGUAUUUGAUGUCAUUAAAUAAAAGUUCUUGGUAUCCUUUCAA